AUGCCAAGCAAGUUCUUGAAAGCCCUUGGGGCCGUCAAGGACUCGGCCAGCAUCGGCCUCGCCAAGGUCUCCGGCACCCCCUACACGUCACUAGAGGUGGCCAUCCUCCGUGCCACCACCCACAACGAGGACAGCCUCCCGAUUGACCACGGCUCGAUCGACGACGUCCUCCGCCUUGUCUCGUCCAACAAAUUCUACGCUGCCGCCUGCGCUCGUGUUGUCGCACGUCGUAUCUCCCGCACCCGCAAUUGGGUCGUCGCCCUCAAGUCUCUCGUCCUCGUCCUCCGCGUCUUCCAAGACGGAGACCCCUACUUCCCCCGAGAGGUCCUCCUUGCCACGCGCUGUGGGGCCCGCAUCCUCAACCUCUCCUCCUUCCGUGACGCCUCCAACUCCUUAAGCCCAUGGGACUUCACCGCCUUCGUUCGCACCUACGCACUCUACCUCGACGAGCGCCUCGAGUGCUUCCUCACGGGGAAGCUCCAACGUCGGUCGAGCCCGACCCGCGGGCGCCGAACCGAAGGCCCAACACCCGCUGCCCGUGAUAUGAAGCCUGCGGCCCUGCUCGACCAGAUCGCGUGCUGGCAGCGACUGCUCGAUCGGGCAGUGGGGACGCGGCCGACGGGCCCAGCCCGAUCGAACCGCCUGGUUCAGGCCGCGUUGUACGUGGUCGUGCGGGAGAGCUUCGACUUGUAUAGGGACGUCUCGGACGGGCUGAAGCUCGUGCUUGACAACUUCUUCCACCUGCAAUUUCAGAACUGUGUGGGGGCCUUCCAGGCGUGCACGCGGGCCGUCAGGCAGUUCCGGGAGCUAAGCGAGUUCUACACUGUGUGCAAGAGCAUUGGGGUCGGGCGGAGCUCCGAGUAUCCGAGCGUGGAGACUAUCUCUGAGGAGCUAGUCGACGCCCUGCAGGAGUUCCUCAAGGACCAGAGCUCGUUCCCUCUUAGGUCUUCAGGCCCGUCCCGGGACAACCCAAUAGGAAAGGGGUUACCAGAGAACAAUGUGGGCCCCGAAGCAAGCCCUCAGUGCACGACGUCGUUGGAGGACUUGAUCAACGCGUCUGAUACCAGGACGUGCCCUGCAAUCUCGAUCGACCUUGAGGCCUACGCAGGCCCGAGGCAGGACGACACGUUUGAGCCAAUGAGCGAGACAGGCUCGACCCACUCACUCCCGAUCUCAAACUCGAUGGCCGACCUCAUGUCGUUGUGGGAGUGGUCCGAACAAGAGGAGAGUGAUAAACAACAUAAACAACAAGAAAAAGAGCAAAAACAACAAAAUCAUUCCAAGAAUUGGGAGCUCGUUUUGACCGAAACCCUAUCAUCGUCAGUGGAAGUAACAGCGAAAAACAACAACUCGGCUACAGGAUGGGAGGUGGUGUUAUUUGAGGCAACGCGGUCGGCACAACAAUACACGCAACAGCCAAAACCAAAUGUGAUGAUUAUGCCACCAAACAAUCAUUACAACCCAUUCUUGCAAGACACAAUAGAAGUGUCGAACUUUCAGCAGGCGACGACAUUGCCAACUUUCCAAGCUAUCCCUCCGUUUCCGAUGCACAAUCAUCAAAUGUCAUGCGGCGCACAAUUGGCGAGCAACGACCCAUUUGCGGUGCCUUAUUCGUUUUCGAGUGAGCCAAUGUAUAGUGAUUCUCAUGUGGAUCAGCAAAGUGUAUUGUACGAGCAACAGUUGUGGUUGAGAAACCAGAACAAGAUUAUAGCCAAGCAUAUGACUUAG